AUGUCUCCGCCAACAGAUAAUGUCCCCCAGACGCCCGAUCGACGCUCCUCGACCCAGGCCAUCUUCACUGCCUUCCGUGCUCUGACGGGCGGUCGCCUGAAGAGCCCCACGCCGCCGCCCUCGACCUCUUCUGCCACCUCGACUCCGGUGCGCACUCCUUCCCUGGGUACUCUGCGCUCCGGCUCUACCCCAGGGCCGCACUCAGCCGAUGGUAGCCUUCAGCGCAUCAGUCACGUCUCACAGCGAAAUGGCCAGCCGGUGACAGGUGGGCCUCCUGAGCUGAGUGACCUUGUAAAGCAAUUGGAAGCCGACAAGCCCUUUAUUGAGCGCGCAGAGGCCAUUGGGAAGAUAUGUCAGAUUCUGGAGCAGUAUCCGGUGCAGAACGUCCUUGGCCUGUGGUCAGUUGCAAGCGAUCUGAUCCUGCCUGAACAGCCGCAAAAUGUCGCUGAGACAGGCUACAAGCUUCUCAAGAGCUGUGUGUCGUGGCCCAAAUUGAGCACCAUCGAGCGCAGCAUUUUCUUUGAUGCUGCAUCGUCACGCAAAAACGACCGCAAUUUUGACCAAAGGCUCCAGGUCAUCAAUGCUCUCACCAAGCGAGGUCGAGAUAUUGAGGCCUGCGAGUCGGCUAUGGUGCCUUUUCUCGUGUCGUCGCUUGAACUGUGUUACGAUGCUGCCAAGUCGUCCAGGAAAGCCAGUGGCAAGCGUAAUGCUCUCACCCGAGAGACCGACAACCUGAGUCGACUGUUCCAGUACGCCAUGGAUGUCUGCAAGUUUAAUGCCAAGAUUCUAACUGAUGAAGACCUGGAACUGUUGCUAGCUCGGGCCAUGACCAUUUGUCUGAGCACCUCCGAAACAGACGAUAUGGACAACUGCAUCAAACUUUUUGACACAAUCAUGACCUAUGUCCACGUUCCGUCAAAGUCACUCAGACCUUGCGUUGAGGUUAUAUGCACCAUCCACAGAGCCAUUCCGUGUCUUCGCGAACAGGCAUGGACCUCUUUGAGCAACCUUUUCAAAUCGCAUACUGGUGGAGCAGCUAUCAUGUCUCUGUUACAUACAUUUCUCGAUGGCCCUCGAAAAGAAAAAGGUAUCAGCCAAGUCUACAGAGGCACUAUGGAAGUACUACAAAUUCUGCUCAUCAAUGACGGACGUAAUGGCUUGCCAAAAGUCCCGAUGUCAUUGCUUUGUCCAGCUUUGAAAGCAUCCAUCCAGGAGCCGAACGAUAUCCAAGAACAUCUCGUCUUGAAACUUCUCGAUGCGGUGCUUCUAGAGCCCAAUUUGCGAGACAUUCUGCUCUCUGAGACUGAUGUAGGCGAGCUCAUAGACAUCAUCAGUACUUGUGUUGAGCGUGACGAUGACCGACAUUGUGGAAGUACUCCGACUACUAAAGCUACAGUCAAAGAAAACAGUGAAAGCAGCGAGAAAAACACGUCGCAUGACGAUAGCUCGACGGCUCCUGUCUUCCAGGUCUUGAUGAAACUCGACAGCGCCAGCGAUGCCGUAGACUUUGUUCAGAGAGAGGCUGUCAUGGAGCUUUUCCUGCGGUUCUGCCAUCGUCUGGGUGAUGCAGCGACCGAGAAGUUAAUCCGCUAUUUCGCGAAUGAACGUUACUUAAGUCCUUCAAACGAUGACUGGCUGACUGUGUGCCAAAUUAUCAGGGACAGUGUGAUCAAGGACACUGCCAGGCCAAGAUCGCUGCGAGUAGUAGCCAUCCAGUCUUUGCGAGAAACCUAUGAUACAGUGGACAAACUCUGUGCGCCUGAACUUGUCACGAAGUGCGGCUCACUGCUGCUGGAGAGUAUCUACUUUGAGGAUGACGUCGAGAUUCUUUAUGAGCUUGUGGAUUUUGCAGUCCAUGUCGCGGAACGGGCCUCGACUACUGAAUUUACAGACAUCGUUGUUCUGCUAAAAGCACCUCUCGUCAAGCUGUUCACACGUAGCGUAGUAGGCUUUGCGCAAAAGACACGCAUCUUAUACGAAACCCUUCGCGCGAUAGCUGGAGGCGAAAAAUACGACAAUGACGCAAGAUUGACAGCCAUGAGACUUCUUUUCCGUCUCCGAGCUGAUUCUCGACAUGCGCUGAUGGUAGUCUCCUCCUCAGAAGGAGAGCGACUCGCAGCUGAGCUCUGUCGUACUGAAGAGACUGCCGUCAUGGCCGUCAAUGUCGACGAUGCGCUGCACGACCACAGCAAAUCUGAAGAUUCUUACUCCUGGCGUGAACAGCGCAAGACUUCAGGAUCAAGUCCACGUGCUUCCCUCAACCGCAAUGCUGGGCGCUCAACACCCGCUAAUGGUCGUAUCUCAAAGCCAAUUCCACCUCUCUGGAUGUACCCUGGACCUAAAGGACUACCGGAGGAGCCCUCAUCGGAUCCCAGCAGAGUGGUCUUCUCACACAUUGAUGCAAGCAAGUAUCCACUGAGUGAUGAAUUGCAUGAUAUGGAGAUAACGCUAUGGCUUGAACUUAUCAUCUCUCUACUGCAAAGGCCGCCAGAUUGGGAAAUUUACAGCUACGUGCUUGUCCAUCUCGGCCCACAGUUGUCGAAUCAAGCCUUGGUCCGCAGUUGUGUAGUGCAACUUCGAAUGCUGCGGAACGUCCUCUGUGAGCAAGUACGAAACUCAAGCUUCCACGAGCCUCCGGCUUACACGCUCUUGAAGAAGGCAGAUGUCGCCGUUUGUCUGUUCCACGUCCUGACUGUGAUCAUCAGUUAUCACGAGUAUUUCGAGAAGAGCGAGGAGGACGAUAUGGUCAAAGCAUUCCUCCAGGGAAUUGUUCAGUGGGAUCGAACAUCCAAAUGGUGUAUCCACGCUCUUUCAGUCUGCUGCUUUGAGGUGCCGCUUUCCAUUAGCAAAUCAUUGGACAGUAUCAUUCAGAAGAUGUCGCAGAUCAUCACGAAGCCAGCAGUCGCAAUACACAUAUUGGAAUUCCUCACGUCUCUGGCACGUCUACCCGAGCUGUACAAGAACUUCCGCGAGGACGAGUUCAAAACAGUAUUUGGCGUGUGCUUCCGCUACUUGCAGCACAUUCGCGACCAGCGCGACCGUACCAACCAUACAAGCUCAUUACAGAGUGGCCAUCGUACCUUGCGACACAUUGGCGCAUCUAGGGAUCUUGUCGCGUCGCCAGAGAAUGGUAUGAGAAAGCAAAGGACUGUCGAAGAAGAUCUACCACAAUAUCUGUAUUCACUUGCAUACCACGUCAUCACUUUCUGGUUUAUGGCAUUGAAAAUGGAAGAUCGUCCGAAGCAAAUACCUUGGAUCACUAGGAACCUACAUUAUACCGACAGCUCUGGUCGUCAGAUCAUGGAAGAACAAGGCCAGGUCAUCUUGGAUAUUAUGAACAUGGUCGCAUACACAGAUCGAGACCAGACACUUCGAGAUGAGAGCUUUGCUAAACCUGGUGAUGGUGAGAUAUGGAAGAAGACAUGGGUAGUCGGAAAUUCUUUGGUGUCUAUAGAGACAGCGGCCCGGACCGGUGUUUCUCUGAUCACGACACGCCGCCCUGCCGGAACCCGCUUCUUGACCAUGCGCCCACUUCUUGCGCCACCUCCACGCCACCAAGUACCCAUCACUGUUGGGCUCGCAUCCGAAGCCUUUUAUUCUUCGUCAUAUGUAGGAGUGUUACCAGAAGACAUCUUCCAGACCUUCUACGCCCCGCUCGAUCUAGCAACCCCGCCAGUGUCUCUUCCAGACGACGAUAUGACGCGCCGAGCCAUCACUUCUUUUGACAGAAUCGCAACAGUGGACGCUUACAAAGUUGGAGUCAUAUACAUCGGCGAAGGACAGACCAACGAAAGGGACAUAUUCUUGAAUAAUAUCGGCUCGCCAGCAUACACAGCAUUCGUCAGUGACUUAGGCACACUCUGUCGUCUGAAAGAUGCGAAGUUCAACACGGGUGGUUUGGAUACGCGCGACGAUGCUGACGGAGAGUUCACUUACUGCUGGCGCGAUCGGUGCAUGGAGAUUGUGUUUCACAUUACCACAAUGAUGCCGACUAAUCGGGACGAUGACAUGACAUACCCAAACAAGAAGCGCCAUAUUGGCAACGACUUCGUCAACAUUAUCUUCAACGACUCAGAGGCUGCCAUACAAUUUCGACACCUUUCCCUCUGCAUUCAACUACUCCAAGCCAUUUCUCGAGCCGACUUUCCUGACGUUUCGCCCGCCGUAGAGACGAAGAUUCUCUGCGGCAAACACCUCGCGGGAUAUUGCCGGCUCAUUGCGAUCAACGCUUGCGUGUUCUCUAGUGUAUGGUAUGUCCGUGAAGGAGGCGAGACCAUCUCGUCCUGGCGCAGUCGACUCCGCGAGAUCAAGCGUCUGCGCGAAAGAUACGGCGCCACCUACUGCAUCGCCCUCGUCACCCAGUCCAAGCCAGCCGCUGUCAAGUCCUCCAUCUCGCGAACAAAACGGCAUCUCCCCAUUCCAGCGCAUGAGUAUCGCAACGCACUUCACAGACGCCACGAGCCGCAGCUCUAUCAGCAGCUCUUCACAUGA